AUGGAUUUUUUAAAAAAAAUUGAUGAGCUGGACCUAGAGGGUAAUGUAGCUGACAAUUGGAAUACAUUUAUAGAAAAUUUUGAAGUUUUUGAAGUAGCUGCAGAGUUAAAUGCAAAGUCACCUGAAGUACAAGUAGCAAUAUUUUUAAACACGGCAGGUAAAGCUGCUUUAGAAUUAUUUAAAACACUUAAUUUAAAUGAAACAGCAAAAAACGAUUUAAAAGCUGUAAAAGAUGCUUUUAAAAAUCAUUGUACUCCGAAAAAGAAUGAGGUUUUUGAAUCAUUUUUAUUUCACACGCGUGAUCAAAAACUUGGUGAACCGUUUGAGACUUUUCUGGUUGAUUUAAAGAAAUUAGUGAAAAGCUGCAAUUUUAAAGAUGAAGACAGAAUGCUGAGGGAUCGCAUUGUAAUAGGCAUAGAAAAUAAGGACCUGCAAAGAGAACUUCUGAAAACGCAAUCGUUAACCGCUGAUAAGGCAAUUGAAUUUUGUAAACAAUUCAAAGAUAAAAAUACAAUGAAAACUGGUGUAAAUCAAAUAAAAGCUCAUAAUUAUGAUUCUGAUUCAGACUGUGCAUUUUUAAAUGUUAUUAAUUUAAAUAGUGAUGACUCUUGGUAUGAAAAUGUGAAAAUUGAAUCCAAUAUAUUUAAAUUCAAAUUAGAUACUGGUGCAGAUACCAAUGUAAUUCCUAAAACAUUUUUAAAUUCUUAUAAUGGUUCAAAUAUUGAGAUGUUAGGUAUAACUUAUUUAAAUGUUGUACAUAAAAAUAUUAGCACAAUAUUAAAAUUUUAUAUUGUUGAUAGUGAUAGUUGCAUUUUGGGUUUGAAUGCUUGUUCAAAAUUAAAAUUAAUAAAGCGCAUUGACCAUCUAAAUUUAGAAAAUAUAAAUGAUUUACUUGCGAAAUAUAAUGAUGUUUUUGAGGGUAGUGGAUGUUUUAUAAAAAAUUUCUCAAUUGAUUUAAAAAGUGGUGCUAUACCUGUGGCUAGACCAGCUAGACGUAUACCACAAAUGCUAAGAAAACCCUUAAAAGAUGAGUUAGAGCGGUUAUGUAAUAAAAAAGCGAUAGAGAAGGUUGAAACUUCAUCUGAUUGGGUUUCAAAUCUCGUUAUAAUUGAAAAACCUAAUGGUAAAAUUAGAUUAUGUUUGGAUCCUCAGGAUCUUAAUAAAAAUAUUAAGGAAAGGGAAGGGUUCUACCAAAUUGAAUUAAAUGAAUAUUCUAAGUCAUUAUGUACUUUUAGUACGCCAUUUGGGCUUUAUAGGUUUACUAAACUGCCUUUUGGAUUAAAAAUUGCACCUGAGGCAUUCCAAAAAUUGAAUGAACAGAAUUUUGGCGACAUUCCAAAUGUAAUCGUUUAUAUUGAUGACCUUUGUAUAGCUGCAAGUAAUGAAAAGGAACAUGAUGAAACUGUUAAAUUAGUAAUGGACAGAGCUAGAGGACUUAAUGUUAAAUUUAACAAAGAUAAGUUACAGAUGCAAGCAAUUGAAAAUUUAGAAAAUCCAAAAAAUAAAAAGGACUUACAGAAAUUAAUGGGCUUUAUUAAUUAUAUGGGUAGUUUUAUACCUAACUUGGCUGAAGUAUCAGCACCCCUUAGAGCUCUUUUAAAGAAUGAUUCGCCCACUCUGAAACAUUUUGAUUUUACUGAACCUAUUUCUAUUCAGACUGAUGCAUCGAGGAGUGGAUUGGGUGCAUGUCUAAUGCAAAAAGGAAGACCAGUUUGUUUUGCAUCCAGAAGCAUGACUGAAACUGAAAUUAAUUAUCCCCAAAUUGAUAAGGAAUUUCUGGCGGUAGUUUAUGAAUGUAAAAAGUUUCACAAUUAUAUUUAUGGUAGAAAAAUUGAGAUCAUUACGGACCAUAAACCCUUAUUAGGAAUUAUGGCGAAAAAAUAUUAUAGCAUACCUUCCCCUAGAUUGCAAAGGCUUAAACUUAAAUUAGAAAAAUACAAUUUAAAUUUUAGAUACUGCCCAGGCAAAUAUAUGUUUAUAGCCGAUUUUUUAUCAAGAAAUUUUAAAACGGAAAAGCAAGAAUGUGAAGAAAUGAAUGGUCUGUCUGAUAUGAUACACACAAUAAAUGUAAGUGAUGAAAAGAAAAAAAUUUUUCAGGAUGAGACUUUAAAUGAUGAAAUUUUAAAGGAUUUAUUUAAAACAAUUAAUGAUGGUUGGCCUGUAAGAAAAGAAUUAUUAUGUGAAAAACUGAAACCUUUUUGGAAAAAUAGAAAUGAUCUUUUUGUAGUUGAUGGAUUAAUAUUUUUGAACGACCGUAUUUUUGUACCCAAAUCUUUAAGAGAUGACGUAUUAUAUCAAUUACAUUUACCACAUCUGGGUGUUGAAAAAACUAAAAGUAGAGCUAGAUCUAUUGUAUAUUGGCCAACCAUGAAUUUAGAAAUUGAAGAGUUAAUUCAUAAGUGCAACAUUUGUGAAAAAUACAAAUAUUCGGAACCCAGGGAGCCUUUAAUCAAUCAUGAUAUACCUGAAAUGCCAUUUAGUAAAAUAGGAUUAGAUAUUAUGGAAUUAAAUGCUAAGUCGUUUUUAAUUAUAGGAGACUACUACUCAAAAUAUUUGGAUAUUAUACCAUUGUAUAAUAAAACAGCUAGAACUAUUAUUGAGAAAUUAAAGGUAGUGUUUUCAUAUCACGGUAUUCCCAAUAUUGUAAUAGCAGAUAAUAUGCCUUUCAAUUCAUACUUGUUUAAGGAGUUUGCAAAGAAAUAUGAUUUUAAAAUUAUCACGAGUAGUCCAUUGUACCCAAAAUCGAAUGGAUUUGCUGAAAAAAUGGUAGGUAUUUCUAAAAGACUUUUGAAAAAAACGAAGGAAUCAAACAAUGAUUUAUGGCUUUCAUUACUCGAAUAUCGGAAUACACCUAUUAAGGGCUCUUGUUUGUCGCCAGUUGAAAUUUUAAUGGGUAGAAAAACCAGAACUUUGCUACCUGUUUUCCCGUUGGUAAGAAUAUGGUCUAGACAUGAAUUUGAUGCAGGUCUUGUUACAAAAUCAUAA